UCUGAACAGUUGACAUACGAAAGAACUAACGUGUUCACGUGUGUGUGUUUUGUUUUGGAUUGUUGAUUGUGCAAUUAAAAUUUUAAAUAAUGUCAAAUGUAAUUGAAUCUCAUUCAUCCGGGAAUACGGUAUUACCCGGUGAUAAUGUUUCCGAAAUUCUCGAAGCUUAUCGAGAUGAUGAAAAGAAGCCUGUAAUUGUUGGGCCGGGCCUUAAACGUUUGAAUAAACAAGUGAUUACUUCGUAUAAAGCUGGUCAAUUAUUACAUCGGCCAGUGAAUUUAUUUUGGAUUAAUUCUCAUCAACGAUAUUAUAUUCCAUGCGAACGUGAUACUGUUGUCGGUGUGGUUAUCUCAAAGACUUCUACAUUUUGUCGUGUUGAUAUUGGUGCAUCUGAACCGGCCACAUUAUCUUUGAUGGCUUUUCCGAAUGCCACAAAACGGAAUAAAGCAAUUGUUGAGAUUGGUGAUGUAUUAUUCGCUUGUGUGUUAUCUGCCUCCAAAGAUGUCGAAACCGAAUUAGUAUGUAUGGAUAAAGAUGGCAAAAAAGAUGGUUACGGUGUUUUACCACGUGGUGGUUAUAUGAUCAAAGUUCCUCUUAACAUUUGCCGUCGAUUAUUGGCACCUGAUUCUAAAAUUAGUCGAAAUUUAGGACGUAAAUAUCGUUUUGAAAAAACCGUUGGCCUAAACGGUCGUAUUUGGAUUCGUUCGAAAUCCAUACAGACAACAAUUUUAAUCAGUAAUUUUAUUAAACAACUCGAAUACGUUUCCUUUGAUCAACAAGAUCAGGCAUUAAAUUUAUUGCAACAGAAAAUGGAUAAUAAUAAUAAAAGAUAUUAAAAAAAACAA